CCCGGAGCGCUGAGCAGCUCUUCUUCUCCUCCACUCAGCCCGAUGCUACGGAGCUGCUAACGGCUAACGCGCUAAAGCGGAAGGAAAAGAAGACAAAGACUCGGAUUUAAACAGUCAGAACUCACAUUUACCGACAAAACAGGACUUCGGGAAGAAAACUGGGGAGGAAAGGAGCGAAGCGCGGAGUCAGAAACACGGAGAGUAGCAGCGGCAGCGCGGAGCUAACGAAGCUAACCGAGCUAACGGAGCUAACGGAGCCUUUCCCGCCCUCCGUACAGCAGCUCGGAUAAACACGGACCGGCUGUAAACACGGACACUAAAGCGGGAUAUACGGCCCGUUUAUGAGGAGAGGGUCGAUCGGAUAAACACGGACACUAAAGCGGGAUAUACGGCCCGUUUAUGAGGAGAGGGUCGCUCGGAUAAACACGGACUAAAGCGGGAUAUACGGCCCGUUUAUGAGGAGAGGGUCGCUCAGGAGAGGCUCUGUGACUGCGUGCUGUGCGUUAGAUGACCUGAGCUUCAUAAUCCGAUCAGAUCGAUCAGGCUCGUUUACAGUUUUCAGAUUUUAAAACUGCAGAUUUGACUCUGAACCCCAGGCGGUCCGCGCUGAGCUGACAGUGCAGCUCCUGUUAUAUUAUCAACUCCCAGUGCUUCAGCUUUAAUUUGCUGAAGCUGUGUCUGCGUGUAAAAUGUUCAUUUGUGACUAAAAACUCUGCGUUUAACAUCACAGAGAUGUAUUUUAACCCCAGAUGCAUGCAGAGAGCAGACAGCAGGAAGGAUUAAUCCACCCAAAUCUGUUUGGAAAAUGUAAUUUUCUUUUUUUUUCCCCCUUUACGUUUCAUGUUAGAUCCAGAAUGCAUGAGGAGGCGGUUUAGUUUGUGGGAGUAAAUCCGUUCUAGAGUGAGAUGUCUCUGCUUUUCAGCUCUGCAGUCUCCAGUCGUCUGUGGCUCCAACCAGGCUGAGCUUUAUUGUUGUUGUUAUUAUCAUAACUAUUAUCUUCUGUAUCUGUGGAACUCUGUAUCUGUCCAUCUUUACCCCUAACACGGAGUCUGCCCCCUUCAAACGGAGAUGAACCCCUCCAGCGCCACCUCGCUCUACCUGUCCGCCUGUCGCGCGGCGCUCAGGUGUGACCCUCAACAACCUGAGAGCUUCACAGAGCUCUACAACCUGCUGUCCUUCUUCAGGGACGCGCUGUCCUGCCUGGCCUGCGGUAAUCUGCUGCGGGACCCGGUGGCCCCGAGCGCCUCGACCUGCCAGCACUUCUUCUGCAGAGGCUGCGAAGGCGGGACGCUGAGGAUGAAGCCGCCCUGCGGCUGCUGCAGGAACGCUCAGCAGUUUGAGGAGAACAAGCAGCUGCAGGUUCUGGUGGACUGCUACAGGAGCCUGUGCGAGUACGUGUGGGUGAUCACGGGGGCGGAGCAGGGCGCCUCGCGGGUUGGAGGCUAUGCCGAGGUCAUAAAGAUGCUGGAGGAGGUGCUGGAGGUGAAGCAGGAGCAGGUGGAAGAGAAGAUCCUAGAGGUUCCUCAGGAGACUAAGGAAAGCUCUAUGAGUUUUAAAACGGAGGCGAGUUCUCCGUGCCAGAUUUCUGUGAAUAAGACUGACUCUAAUGCUGGGUUUGAUGGCCAGAAGGUUGAAAGUCUGCCGUUGUCUAAAGACAUCAAAACUGAGCUAGAACCAUCCAGGCUGGUCACGUCUUCUGGUGUGGAUCAUCUUGCUGUGCAGCAGUUCAGCACUGAUACUGUUACUAUAAACAUCUCAAACGGCAACGUCCUCCACGAUGGCUGCACCAGUCCGGUUCUCCUCAGUGUAGAGGAGGUUCUCAACAGCCUUGAGUCUGAAUGUUCCACCAAGCAGGCCAAGCCAGAGGUUCCACUAAGCGACAGCAGAAGCAAAAACUCUGCUGAGGUCCUUCAAGCCCUCCAGUCCACCCCAAGUGGUGCUCUACCACCUGCCCACCCUCAGCAGCCUCAGACGGGCAUCACCUGCCAGGCAGCGGCCCACAGGAAGGUCCACCUGAGCCGGAAACGUUCGCGCUCCGAGAGCGACAGCGAGAUGCUCCAGCCUGUGCCCAUCGCCUGCUUCAUCCAGAAGCCUUCCGUAGCCGCCACGGUGCCUCCGCAGGCAGCGUCCGAGCCCAAAGCUCAGAAUCGGCCAGCUGGAGUCCAAAACGGGGCGGUGCUGAAGGUCAGCAGGAUGCUGAUGGACUCCACAAAGAACAUUCAGAAGAACGCUGAAAGCCUCGGAGCCAAAAAGGUUCCCACUAAGACUAAAAUCAGCGCCCCUAAGCCCAAACCCAAGCCCAAGGUGUCUGAUGGGGCGCUACCAGGGAACCCCGCCAAAGUGGUGUAUAAAAAGCCCCCGGAGAAGAAAGGCUGCAAGUGUGGAAGAGCCACGCAGAACCCAAGUGUCCUUACCUGCAGGGGGCAGCGCUGCCCGUGCUAUUCGAACCGCAAAGCCUGCCUGGACUGCAUCUGCAGGGGCUGCCAGAACUCCUACAUGGCCAACGGAGAGAAGAAGCUGGAGGCCUUCGCCGUGCCCGAGAAAGCCCUGGAGCAGACCCGCCUCACCCUGGGCAUCAACCUCACCAGCAUCUCGGUCAUGAGCGCUGGGAGUAACCCAGGGGUCCUCAGCCUUUCGGCCAGACCCCAGAUGGCCUCCUACCUCAGCGCCAGCCCGGAGAAGGAGCCCAGUUUCGAAGACCCGCUGGAGAUGCGCUUUGACUGUUAGCGGCUGUGAUAUGAUGUCUGUCCUACAGGGGGAGUGAAGAUGGACAGCUACGGUCCUGCCCGUCAGCUCAAAGCGGUUCUUCAGCCAGAAAUCUGAUCGAUCAGCCUCACCUCGGAUCGAUCAGCCAAGACCGUGACUGGCGCCGCUUCAGUUCUAGCACUGGAGCUACGAGGCUAAUGCUAAAGCUAACGAGGAGUGAAGGCAUUGACCCCAACAAUUAGCAUCGUCACCAACUGCUUAUGUGUUUUCUGGCCAGGGGUGUACAAACCUCUGUACACUCUUAGUGAACUGGUUCUAUAUAGUACCAAAACAGGGUUCUUUGGCUUGGGGAACCCUUUUCAAAAAGGUUCAGCACAUUUCUCUAUCAAUCCAGAGAACCCUUUCACCAAGCAGAGAACCCUUUAACCGUGCAAAAAAAGUAUUGGCUUGAGAAUGUAUGAGUAUCAAAAGUAAAAUACACUCUUAGCAAAAAAGGGUUCUUUGGCUUGUAACAAUAGUGGAACCGUUUUGCUGCUAUUUGGAACCAUUUUUAAAAAGGUUCAGCCCAUUCUCCAUCAAUCCGUAGAACCCUUUCACCAUGCAGAGAACCCUUUAAUCAUGCAAAAACAUGAUUGACAAGCUAUUCGCUUGAGAAUGUACAAGUAUCAAAAGUGAAAGUACACUCCUAGCAAAAAGGGUUCUAUGUAACUCCAAAAAAGGGUUCUUUGGCUUGUAACGAUAGUGGAACCCUUUUCCAUCUA